GAGAAAAAUAUGUCUCACUUGGAUAUGAUAACUAUUGAUCUCUUAGAAGCUAUCGAUCAUGUGCUCAAGGAGACAAAGAUCAGUUCUUCAAGUCGUCGAAGAAGUUUAUUUUCGUUCAGAGAAGACCUCGGCAAGCUUUUACGUCCACCUACAUUACAUCCAGAACGGAAAGGUCUCCCAUACGUAAUUGGUUUAUGCGGAGGCAUUGCCUGUGGAAAAAGUAACAUAGCCAAGUAUCUAAAGGACGAACCUGGAUUUGAGGUAAUCGACUGCGACAAAUUGGCUCACACUUGCUAUGAGCCUGGAGGCGAACUUACCGAAGCCGUCGCCAAAAGCUUUGAUGGUGUGGUGGAAAAUGGCGUCAUCAAUAGAAAACUUCUAGGACAAGCUGUGUUCAAUGAUGAAGUGAGAGGCCUUUGUGUUUGA